AUGACAACAAGGCGGGUGUGCGCGUGCGGCUCGCAAUGUGCGCCGGGGCAGGUGGAAGAGGCGGUGCGUCACGGUGACGGGAGAGGAUCCCCUCAUGUGGAGGGCUUGGACGACCGUCAAGGCACGGCUGAGUGGUGGUGGGAGGGGGGAAAAGGCUCCAGGGAACGCCAACGAUCGGAGUCGGUGCUGCUGGGGCGGCGGCGGUGUCCUCAAGCCUGGGUCUCCCUAUUUUUCCGCGCUUCUCACCAGGUCGACGACGCCGCCCCACCCGCCCCACCCCCUGUGUUCCUCAGCCACCAUGCCCGCAGCCUGUCGUGGUUAUGGUGCGCACGCGUCAGAAUUCGGAUCUACUACACGCCUCCUGCUCUCACGUGUCCUCCCUCCCCCCUCUCUCUCUCUCUCGCUGCGAUGCGCAACCCGCGCAAACACCCGCGCGCGCGCAGAGCACAGCGGAUACGCUGGUUGUCUUCCCACUCGCGCAUGUUACGACUUCUUCGAUGCAUCACCGCCUCGCCGGCCGUGGCAGCAAGCGUCGCAGUAGCAGCCGCCCCAACACCGACUAGCCUGCGCCCUGCUGCGGUGUGCCGCCGUGAUGUUCACCUAACACCGCCGCGGCGGCAGCAACAGCAGCAGCCCACUUCCGCCGCAGCACCCGCAAGUGCCGCCACGUCGACGACGGCCAUCGCAGCUGGUCCCUACCGCCGCGUCGGCAAUGUGUUCAUCGUAACAUGCAUCGACCACCCCUUUAAGUUCUCGUGGGAGGUGAACCGCAUGCUGCGCGAGCUCCGCCUGGAGUUCAUGGGGCAGACCACCAUCGUGCCAGACAUCCCGCAAGUGCGAAAGCGAAUUUGGCGGGUGCGCCACAUUGUCCGCAUCGACCAGCUCGACCUUGACGAAGCGAAGGCGCUCAUCGGUAUUCCGGAGCACAUCUCAUUCCGCGAUUUGGCCGCGCAGAUCCCACCAACGUUCGGCCGUGGCGGCUCCGUCGCCAACCCGCACAUGCGCAGUAAAAUGAACUUUAUGCGGCUGCGGCGCAUGCGGCUGCGUGACGUGAUGCACCGCGACCAGCUUGAGAAACGGCUCCUGGAGGAGAAGCGUCACGCACUGCAACACCAGCAGCAGCAGGGUGGUGGCGGAGCAGCAACAGCAGCAGCAGCAGCGACGACGACUUCGUAA